UCCUUGCCCCUUGCCCCUUGAACCCCUUCCAAUCUAACCUCUUCGUGCUGCAUCUGACUUCAAUAGUUCAAUUUCGAAAUUAUGUACAAGGUUUUUCAAAAUAAACCAAUGGUAAUCACUCGCAGAGGUUAAAACAAAAGAAACCAAUGACGUCAUUUAUCUCUAUCCAAUAAUUAAUCUUUUUCGAACGUGUUCAUUAAUCGAGAAUUCGAGACACGUCAGUUUCUCCACAGUUUUUAGCGUAUGAAUUUGGACGAAGUGAAAGUAAAGUCGAGUGAAAGUGCAAAAAAAUGAAGUCGAGUUUAAUAGGAAUCUUUUUAUUAAGCUCAAUAUGGCAAGGCUGCGUCGCACCACCUGUUACGAAGAACGAAGAGUCCCCGAGUCCGGAGACCGUGGAGCUGCUGAUGCACUACCAGCACUACCUGCAGGAAGUCGUGAACGCCUUGGAGAAGGACCCCGAAUUUAAAAAGAAGCUCGACAGCGCCGACCAAGAGGACAUCAAAUCGGGCAAGAUAGCGACCGAGCUCCACUUCGUGUCGCACCACGUACGAACGCAGCUCGACGAGCUCAAACGCAAGGAGCUGGACAGGUUGAGGACCCUCAACCGGCAGCAGCACGAGCUGACCGAAAACGACGUCGGCGACGACCCGAGUCACGGGCAUCUGGACCGAUCGAAUCCGCACACCUUUGAGGUGGCCGACCUGAAGAAACUGAUCGCGAAGACCAUGGAGACGUUGGAGGAGCACGAUCGAAAACGACGCGCCGAGUUCAAGGAGUACGAGCUGCAGAAGGAGUACGAGAAGUUCGAGAAGCUGAAUCAUACCAACGGGGCCGAGCACGAGAAACUUGAGAAGGAAUACAAGACCAUCCGGACGCCACUGUCAGGAGUUGAGGUCAUUGGAGACCAUGAACAGGAAGAGAAGCUGAAAAAGCACGAACCGCUUCACGAGCCGGGCCACAAGGCGCACAUCGAAGAGGUCUGGGAGGAGCAGGAUCACAUGCAGCAGGAUUUCGAUCCGAAAACGUUCUUCAUGAUGCACGAUCUUGACGGGAACGGCGCGUGGGACCAGAACGAGGUUAAGGCGUUGUUCGUGAAGGAGUUGAAUAAAAUGUACAAGAACGAAGUAGAGGGAUACGACAUGGUGGAGCGGGCGGAGGAGAUGGAGAGAAUGCGCGAGACCGUUUUCAAGCAGAUGGAUACCAAUCGCGACGGUGUCAUCGACUAUCACGAGUUUCUCAUGCAAACCCAAAGAGAGGAAUACCAGCAGGAUCACGGGUGGAAGGGACUGGACGAGCAAAAGCCUUACACGGACGAAGAGCUCGACGCGUACAUUCGAGAGCAGCAGCGAUUACAUCCUCCUCCUUACUAUCCGCCGCCGGCAGGUCAAGGUUACGUGCCUCCGCCACCAGGUGCUUACAACCCGAACGUUCCACCUCCACAAGGCGCCUACCCCAACAGCUAUCAAGGGCAAUAUGAACAAGUGCACCCGAACAUGAACCAGGGCUAUGCUCCACCGGUGCAGCAGAACGUGCCGCACCCGCAGCAAGCCGUUCCCCAACCCCCUGUUGCAAAUCCGGCGCAACCGGCACCCGUCCAAGCUCAACCACCCGUUCCAAACCAGGCGCAAGCUCAACCCCCUGUACAAGUCCAAGGUCAACCCCCCGUUCAGAACCAGCCCCCUGUACAAGUCCAAGAUCAGGCUGUCCCUCAACCACCCGUUCAACAAGCGCAGCCAGUCGCGGGUCAACCCAAUUAUCAACAACCCCCACAACCGAGACACUAGGACGAUGAGAACUUUUAACUUAAAUUAAUUACAGGUUGUGCAAUUGUUUGACGAGUGCAUAAUUAGACGUUGCAAAUUUUUAACGGUUAUUCGAUUUCUACUUGUGCACUUCUAUAAUGGAUAGGACUAAACUGUUUUUACAUGAGAUUUUAUAUGUACACUAAAUAAAGGUCUACCUUACUGUGAUUACAAA